GUGUUUGUAAUACAAUGUAAUAGAAGACUAUAGACGUUAAGCACAACAGCAAUAGGUUUUCAAUAGUAAAUGAAUAGAAAUAUAGUGUUAUAUGUAUUGACUGUAAAUGUAUUGUGACUUCAAUUCUAUUGAAACACAAAUCUAUUGAUUGAUAUUGUCUUCAUUUGUUGCCAUCGUUUCUGAUCCGCAAACAAAUUGUGUCACCAAUUGGUUUGACAUACAGUUUAGUCCAUUUAAAGAUUGUGUCACACAAGCCAUCACUUAAACGGAUCCAAUGCCAGAAACACAGUCUAAAGUAUUGUCUGCACCGGUAUAUUGGGCUCAACGAAGCAAUUUAGUCUAUGUUAAGAUCGGAGUCGAAGAUGUCAAGUCACCCGAAGUCAAGGUCGACAAAAAUAAAAUAUAUUUCAAAGCUGUCGGUAGCGGUAAACAGGAAUAUGAGGCCGACCUCGAGUUAUUCGAUGAGAUAAAUACCGAAGAAUCGAAAUUCAUAGUUAGAGACAGAGGCACUGAGUUUGUACUCAUCAAAGCAAAUGUCGGUCCUUAUUGGAAACGACUACUCAAAUCGGACUCAAAGUUUCAUUGGCUUAAAGUGGACUUUAAUAAGUGGAAAGACGAAGAUGACACCGAUGAUGAAGGCGGUGCACCCGGACAGGGAGGCGGAGACUUUGAAGAGAUGAUGAGACAAAUGGGUGGACUCGGAGGAAUGGGUGGUGCCGGUAUGCCUGAUUUGGGUGAUUUGGAUGAUAAAGAUGAUGAGCCCGACAGCGAUGACGGAGAUUUGCCCGAAUUAGAGGACAAAUAAAUUUAAUUAGUCUAUGAUUUAGUGUUUUUUAUUACGAUUUAGUGUCCAUCAAACAAAAUUUUUAUUAAUUAAUUAAUUAGUUAUAUAUAUAUAUAUUUGUAAUAAUAAUUAAAAUAAUAAGACACGAAUCAAAUGUAUAAAACAAGCAUUUUAAUCGUCAAAUUCAUUAUUAAUUAAAACUUAUAAGAAUUC